AUGCCCAUGCCCCUCAAGAUGCCCAUGCCCAUCGGGAUGCCCAUGCCCAUCGGGACCUGUGGUGCUGGGGUGGGAUGGGAGGUGAUAAAAAGUAGGGAGGGAGAGCUGCUAGAGGAGAAAGGUGGUGGCACCAGGGUUGGUGUUGUAGAAGGUCUGGGACAUCUGGGACAGGCCAGUCCCCACCAGAGCAGGUCCCGGGCGGCCUUCGGCGGAGCAGGUGCUGGUAAUGCUGAGCCCGUGCUGCGGAGGGGAGCAGCCAGGAACAGGACGGUGCCACCGGGGCCCCUCGAUAAAUCUGUCCCCAGCUCCACCUUUCCCUGCACGGAGCCACACCGGUGCCACCUGGAAGGGUGCUGGGAGAGGAAGCUCCCCCAGCGGCUUGCCCGGCUGCUGGAAGGAGCAGGCGGAUCCCAGGCUGCCAGCAGAAGCGGCUGCGGCUUCCCCGGCUGCGAGCGGAGACCCCGCACGGGCUGCAGCCAGCUUACAGCUGCUGGACAAUCGGGACAGUUACAGAAACUUGGUGUCCUCGCAGGUGUUCUGGGUGCUGUGCUCAGACACACCAGCACCCACGAGCCAGCAAAAGCUACGAGUGGCAACAAAAAUCCUCAAACACAUCCCAAAACCAUGGGAGCAGCCGGGCUGGCAGUGGGAUCCUCUCCGGCCCCCAAUCCUGGUGCAAGGACAGGGAGUCACAGCUCGGACCCAGAGAUGCUGAGAGGCAGGUCUCAUCCCGCUGUCACGGAGCUCUCCUGGGUGACUCUUGCUGCUCGCUGUCCCCAACGCUGCCGGCCUCUGCUUCCUCUUGCUGACAGAUGGGUGGAGAACUGCCCUGGGAGCAGCGCACGAUGGAGGUGUGAUGGUGCAGGAGCUGCGUGCAUCGUCCCCACCUGCUGAGGCUGGGCACACGUCACCCCCGUUCCUCUCCUGGCCACCAGCUGCCGUGGCUCAGGGCAGCAUCACCACCUGCCCUGCUCACCGGUGGAUUUUGGAUGCUGCUGUGCUUUGGGGAGGGAAUAGCCUUGUGCACGAGGACAGCGCAGCUUGCCCAGGUCACCUCCCUCCUCGUGCUCCUGCAGCCCGAGGGACCUUGAUGAGCGUCACGUAAGGAUUUUGCCUUGGGGUUUGUCUCUCUGAUGUGACGAGGAGACAAAGUUGGAGCCAUGGAGCUGCAGAGCCCCAGCCUGGUGGUGCUGAAGGGGAGUGAUCCAGUCCUGUCCUUGCUCCUGCCUGUGUGAGGGGACCACAGGUCUACAUUUAGCCAUGCCAACAGCCUGGCACCGUACAAACUGCCCCUCUCCUGUGGCCGCUGAACACCAAGAGGAAAGCUCUCAUCCUGUCAGGCAGGGAAUCCAGCACUCUAGCCCUGCUCCCAUCGCUCCCAACUGGCCAUGGGCCACUGGGGCUGAGCAGGGAUGGAGAGGGGAGCAGGAUGUGGGCAGCUGAGGGACGGGGGACAAGGAGGUGCCUUCCCUUGGAAGUUCAGACUGCAAACCCAGACCCUCCUGGGCCAUCCCACAGCUCCCAUCAGAGGUGGCUGUGCCCCGUGCCCUCCUGCAGCAGGAGGAUCGCCAGCCUCAGGGCUGCUCUGCGGGGCCAGGCUGGGCUCUGGUGCCACAUCUGCAUGGGUGGCAUCUCCCUCCGGUUCCCCCACGGCCCGGCUUUGGCUGCUGAUUGAGUCGGCCCAGAGGUAACGUGUUUGUGAUGAUGAUGUGAUGCGGUGACCCUUCGCUUCUUCCCUGAAACGCGUACGUGUAGAUGUGGGUUUUGCAGUUAUGAAUGUAAUUCCACAAUCCACUUAGGAGCCAGUAAUUUUCUGGCUGAGGUGGGAAGCUGCUGACAUCGUGUGAUACAUGACUAGAUUGAUUGUAUUUACUUACCCUUUAACCUAAUAAAGAAAAAUAAUGUUCCUUCA